AUGGCGCCUCGAGCUCAGAUUGAUGGUCUACUUCGUGUUCUCUCUCGCAAACUCUUCGAGUCUAUCCACGGGGUUUUCCUUUUCAGAAAGCACUUGUUCGGUGUGUCCAAAUUGUCGAUUCCUCCAACAAGAUGGCCACAUAUUUUGAUCUUCGGGGCAACAUCCUUGAGCCCUUUGGGCCGGUUUGUUGCCGUGGGAUGGCCCGGUGAUCGAGGCAACCUUUUGACCCUCGUGCGAGCUCCGAAGGCCCCUGAGUGUUGA